CGUGUUUCUUUAAGGAUUAAUGUUUCGGUUUCCGGUUAUCGUUAUCUAAUAAUCUGCUAUAUACUGAUAUAAUGGAUCGAUAACUGUACUGAGGACAUCAGUAAAAGGCCGAGAUCUCUCCGGUCGUCAGCAGGUACAGGAUGAUAUCUCGGUGAUAACGGUUUGAAGCAGCUGACCGAGUUACACCUGCCAGUCUAAAUCCCCACGAGGCGUAGAUUUACAGGUAGAUUAAAAUAUAAGAUUAAAAUCACUGAUGCCGCCCAGGAUACAAGGGGAGUAAUCCAUCUCUGGAUAACGACAACAUGGACAACUUUAUCAGAAACUGGAUUGGUUUGUUUAUUUUGGGAUCCAUCAACAACCUUCCAUAUGUUAUUGUUGUAUCUGCUGCAAAAACCAUCGCAGACAGUUUUAAUGAAAGGAAUCAGGUUGGUCUGGUGGUCGGAGCCAAUUACAAGUUCAUGCCGACAUCAAUUUUGCCAGUCGUUAUGAUAUACGUUGGCUUGCUCGGUGGCGCCUCCUAUGUAAACAUCUUUUAUCGGUUACUUCACGAUGACACCUACCCAGAUAAGGACCGAGAACUCUGUAUAAACAUUGUGGCUAUCUUCAUCACUCUAGGUAUAGUUUUGGGCACAGUAGCGGAGACCAUAUUAUUUAACACUGUCCUCAAAUCUGAUUAGGACAGUCUGUCUACAGCAGCGGUACCAUACACAGUGGCCAGCAACCUGUUGUCAGUGAUAUUACGGCCGCAAGCUGAUUAUCUAAUGAGGCAAACUGUGAUAUCAAUGGCAUAGUGCAAUAUACUGAACCUGUCACCAGUUAGAAUGUACUCAACGUUAAUCCAUGUAUAUAAUUGUAUGUGUUUAUCAAUAUAUGAUGUUAUUAAUGAGAGAGUGUUCCCCUCAAUCAUGGUGUAGCUUCCCCCAGCAUAUUACAAUGUUAUUGGAGUUGUCCCCCUUAUCCCUCGUGUUUUAGCUGUGAUUGUGAUAAAAUGAUGCAUGUUUAGACUCUCUAUGGGGAUCGUGCAAUGCUAUUAAACGUGCUCAAUUUCAAGGCUUUCCACCAUGAGGAAAUGUGUAUUGUGUUACUUUAUUGAUGAGGUCUGUCUGCAGAAUACUUCAAGUGUUAUAUAAACAGGGGAAAUAAAGAGUGUGGAAUAUCACAGUGAAAUCAUUUUUAAAA